UGGAUAUAUAGAAAAUCCAUAUGAAUGACAACCUAGGAGAUGUUCUAACAAAGCCGAUCAACAAUGACAAGUUUAUUUGGUGUCGAUACUCUACUGGCCUAUUAGAAACAUAAGCAGUGUGGACAUGGCAAAGUAGAAAGGAUAGAAGAAUUGCAAAAGUGACUUUAAGUGGGAGAUAUGUGGAAGUAAAGCCACUUGUGCAUCUUACUUCAUGCUUAAGUUCUUGAUAAGCAUGGUGUUUUUGAUAAGUCAAAGAUUGUGACUUACUUCAUGCUUAAGUUGUUGAUAGGUCAAAGAUUAUGACUUACUUCAUACUUAAGUUGUUGAUAGGUCAAAGAUUGUGGCUACUUUCCAACAUAUGAUAGUUGUAAAGAUUGCAUUUACAACUCAUACAUAGCUAAGUUUCUUAAGCUUUAAGAAGCUAGUUGUAACCUCCUCUAUCUAGUAUAAAUAGAGGACUUGAGUUAUAGAGUUGGAAUCCCAUGUUGUGGUGAGUGAAAACAAAGAGAGAGAUGGAGUAGAGUUUAGAGAGAGAAAAUGGAGAUUUCUCCUAAAACUCAAGUGUCUUUUCUUUGUUAGUGUGUAUUUCCUCCUGUUAUAAGAGAGAAGUAACGAUCAAGAUAGAUCUGCCCCCUCUUCCCUAGCCGUGCAAUUGAUCGAGCUCGAAAAGAAGAUGGCGGCCGUGUCUCCUUUUUCAGAGGAGGCCAUGGUGAGUCUGGUUGGUGGAGAGGAUGCUGUCAACGAUUCGUUUUUCUAUCUCUGUGGCCGACUUCUGUCCAAGAAGGAGGUGGUGCUUCCGUCAUUCUCGGCAGCGAUCUCCAAUAUUUGGGAAGUGAAGGAGAGAGUUUUGAUCCGGCAAGAGGAGGAGGACAUCCUUGUCUUCCAAUUUAAGGAGAUGGAGGUGAAGAAUCGAAUACUCUCUGGGGGUCCUUGGUUCUAUAACAACUCCAUGUUGUUGUUGGCAGACUAUGACGGAAUCUCUGCCCUCGAUACGGCGCCGCUGCAUCUCCUUGAGGUGUGGGUGGAUGUGAAAGGGUUACGGAUUGCGAUGCGAAAUGAGAAAGCUCUUACCCUAAUCGGACCGGCUUUGGGGGACUUCGUGCGGGUUGACCAAGGAGCGAUGCUGAGAAAGGAUCCUGUCCAGAGGAUCCGUGUGAUUCAAGAUGUCCGCCGAAGGAUAUGGCCGCGACGGAUGUUUGAGUUUUCACCGGUUGUUUCGGUGACGGUGGAGCUGCAAUAUGAGAAAUGUCAUGGGCUGUGUGCGGCUUGUGGUUUCUUCGGCCAUGAGGGUGGUUCUUGUGACAGGAGGCUGGCGGAGGAGGCGCCCUUGUUGGUGGUGCCGGGCCGAGGUGACUUGAACUGUGGUCUAGACUCUGCACCCAGAUCGGAAGCGUCUGUGGCGGCGGUCGUGGGGCCAGAGGUGCUCUUUAAGGCGUUGACGGAGCUGGGUUUUGUGACUGCGGGGGCUGGAGAGGCUGUGGUGGCUGAGGGUGGACCGGCGUCGGGGGCUGCAAGCAGUGCAGCUGCAGUUCUGGAAAAACCUGCGGGAAACCCUAAUUUUGAAUUAGGGUUGACCGCAGGUUUGACUAGGAUGCAAUCUGGGCUACAGUCUUUUGGGCCGGAUGAGGGGUCUAAUGGGCUUUCUGUUGGGCUUGCUGCUGGGAAAAACCCAAAAUUGGGUUUGGGUGUGAGAAAGAAGGUGUUUAAACCUAGUUUGGCAUUUAUACCUCCGGAAUUUCACCUUGGUGAGUUGGUGGAGGUUCCAAUUUCGAUGGGGACAGCUCAAAAGAAGAAGGGUCGUCCGUAUGUACGCCGAGCAAAACGUAUGUUAUCUCCAAAAGCGGAAGGUAAUAAAGCAGGUGUGGAUUUAUGCUCCAACUCGAAUGAGAAAGAGCUAUUUCUUGGUUAA